AUGAAGAAGACGCUGCUGCUCUGUUUCAUCCACGGAUUCAAGGGUGGGGAGCAAACGUUUGGGAACAAGUACCAGUUCGCAGAGCAUCUUCGCGCGCUCGUCGCCAAGGACCUGCCCAAGAUCAAUGUCAAAGUUCUGGUGUACCCUCCCUAUGAGACGCGCGGCGAUCUGGGCGAUGCCGUCAGCCGUUUCCGCGGAUGGCUGGAGGAAAAGGUCAUCGACAUCGAGGUGGACGCGCAAACGCCGUCGCCGACCGUCGACCCGUCCGUCCGGACCAUCCUGAUCGGACACUCCAUGGGCGGCAUCGUGGCGGCCGAGACGGUGAUUGCGCUCGCGUCGGAGAAGCCCAUCUACUCAGAGGACGGCAUCCAGAAGGACGACAAGACGACGACGACGUUCAACGCGCUCAUGUUCCCCUACAUACAGGGUGUCCUGGCGUUUGACACCCCCUACCUGGGCAUCUCCCCCGGCGUGGUCGCGCACGGCGCAGAGGGUCACUAUCAGAAUGCGGCGGCAGCCGUGCAGCAGCUGGGCGGUCUCGGUUCGCUCUGGGGCGCGACGCAGUCGGGGAAGCAGGGCGCCACCAGCAGAGCAGCGCCUCCCAAGACCGCAGGCGCCCUCCCAGCCCCCGAGUCAGGCGCAAACAAGAACGACGGCGGCGGCUGGGGCGCGUGGGGCAAGGUGGCCAUGUUCGCGGGCGCGGGCGCAGCAGUCGCGGCAGGAAGCGCUGCCGCGUGGAUGAACCGCGACCAGAUCACGUCGGGCUGGACCUGGGUGUCCUCCCACCUGGAGUUUGUGGGGUGUCUGGCGCGGGCGGAGGAGCUGAAGAAGCGGGUGCGCUUCAUGGUGCGGCUCGGGGAGGAGGUCGACGUCGGGUUUGCGAAUCUGUACACGCGCCUGGGCAAGGCGGCGCCGAGCAAGCAGGUGAGCAUGGUCGGGACCGUGCUGGGGCGGGAGAGGACGUUUUGCAACCUGCCGAGUAAGAUGGCCGCUGGCACGUGGAAGGAGGCUGUCAAUGAUAAGGCCAAGGACGAGACGGAGGCGCAUAUGGGCAUGUUUGAGCCAAACGAGAACCCUGGGUACGAGCGUCUAUCGCAAGACGCAAAGGAUCUGAUUGUCGAAUGGCUUCAAAACGAUUGGUACCAGACAAGCGCAGAGCAGCGGCCAAUGCUGGAAGAGUCAAGUGAUAGGAUUGAUCUUUGA